AGAGUACACUGUAUUACAUAACACAAACAUUGAUACAAACUAUUGAAUGCAUUGAAUGUUUGAUUCAUUGAUUGUUGUCUUCAUUUGAAAACUAAUUGAUUGAUUCACUGGUUUGACAUCCAAUUGGUUGACAUCGAUGGCUACUUUGUUAUCAUUGCCAUCCAGAUUAAGAGAAUUUUGUGUCUUCGGUGCCGAAACUGGCCAACGAUUGAUCGGUCGUAAAGUAGUCACAUCGGAACAAUUAGUACCGAAGAGGACAGUUAUUUACUACAACCGGGCGACGGGAAAUUUUCGGACCAAUAGAGCGGUCACACAACGAUUUUAUCGGUUAAAUUGGGGCGCUUGGAUCAGACCACGAGCCGGAAGACAUAAACACUUAUGGCAAAAGCCUUAUUGGAUCAAAUGGUGGGCUAAACAACACGUGUUUUGUUCUGAUGAACACAACAAAAUGUUGGAUCAAAUGGUUGAUUCAUAUUACAAGCGGCCAACAUAUUUAAGUGGACCGACUGGUGACGACCCAUACGAACCGUACCAUAAAAGACAUAACUUUGCUUUUGUUCCGUUGGGUAGGAAUAGUGUGUCCACCAGUUAUAUCAACACAUUAUAUGAAUACAAAAAUGAUAAUUAAAUCACUUCUUCAUACUGUAGUAAUUAUAUUCACAUUAUUAUAAUAUUUAAUAUCUAUUACCCGUUAAUUCUAUUGAAUAACAAAUCUUUUUAAAAAUAUU